AUGAACAGAGGUAAACUAUUCCACGUAGAAACGCAUAGUGCUGUCGAUGAGUAUUAUGGGUCAACUGAUCCUGAUAAUGAACAUAGUGACACUGAGGCUGCCACCCACCUUGCUGCCAACCUAGCUGCCACCCACCUUGCUGCCAACCUAGCUGCCCACCUUGCUGCCCACCUAGCUGCCCCCCACUUUGCUGCCCACCUAGCUGCCCCCCACUUUGCUGCCCACCUAGCUGCCCCCCACUUUGCUGCCCACCACCUUGCUGCCCACCUUGCUGCCCACCUAGCUGUCCACCUUGCUGCCCACCUAGCAGCCCACCUUGCGGCCCACCUUGCUGCUCACCUAGCAGCCCACCUAGCAGCCCACCUUGCUGCCCACCUAGCAGCCCACCUUGCUGCCCACCUAGCUGCCCACCUAGCGUCCCACCUAGCUGCCCACCCAGCUGUCCACAUAGCAGCCCUCCCAGCUGCCCACCCAGCUACCCACCUAGCAGCCCACCAAGCUGCCCAUCAAGCAGCCCACCCAGCUGCCCACCAAGCUGCCCACCUAGCUGCCCACCAAGCUGCCCACCUAGCUGCCCACCUAGCUGCCCACCUAGCUGUCCACCUAGCUGCCCACCUAGCUGUCCACCUAGAAGCCCACCCAGCUGCCCACCAAGCUGCCCACCUAGCUGCCCACCAAGCUGCCCAUCAAGCUGCCCACCUAGCUGCCCACCAAGCUGCCCACCUAGCUGCCCACCUAGCUGUCCACCUAGAAGCCCACCCAGCUGCCCCCUAG